AUGAUGGAAUACGCACAAUAUCAACAGCCCCAAAACGCUCAACCACACAUUCAGACGGCAUAUCCUAGCUCUGCAGGUGGCAACAGCAUCACGUCUCCGUCGCCGCACAACCUUUCCCAAACAUCACCGAUACUUCCGUCGCAACAACACCAACCUUCUCCCACACAACCGCACAACAUGUAUCAGACUCAGUAUGCGGUACCCCAACAAAGCAUGCACUAUGGCAUGCCGGGGAUCCAGGCUGCGGCCAUGGCAGCGACUGCCGCUGCGUCGGGAUCUUCAUAUCCAUACAUGCCCUCGGAUCCCAGUCUGCAGCAGUCGCCAAGGAUGUCUGGCGUCAACGCAAAGAAGGAUGCCAGGCCGGGGCCACGGUCACCACAACAGAUGAACAAUAUCCCUCAACAACGACGACUCAGCCAGGUGGCAAGUCCCGGCGUGCCUAAUGCGUCAGCGAUGAUGAACCACGCAGGCCCUCGUCCAGGAGUUCCUCCCCCGAUGACGGCGGCGCAGCAGAUGCCGCCGCCUCAGUCGCCUGAGAUGCCGUCUGGUACCGUGGAAGAGUCACCCCUUUACGUCAAUGCGAAGCAGUUUCACCGGAUCCUAAAGCGCAGAGUGGCACGACAAAGAUUGGAGGAGGCGCUGCGGCUGACUAGUAAGGGCCGCAAGCCGUACCUCCACGAGUCGAGGCAUAACCACGCAAUGCGGCGGCCCCGUGGGCCUGGUGGUCGGUUCCUGACAGCCGAGGAGGUUGCGCAGAUUGAGAGAGAAAAGGCUGCAGCGGCAAGCGGAGAAGGCAAAACUGAAGGGACGGAGCAACCCGCAACGGCGAAGACGGCAACAGGCGCGACAAAGCGGAAAUCUGAAGGUACCUCCAACACGCCGUCCAAGAAGACGAAGAAGGCGGCAUCGAGCCCCGAGGAGGAGGAUGACGAUGACGAUUGA